AUGAUCUUGACUUUUGAUGCUAUUCUCUCUGCUAUGUAUGCUGUGACUGGUAGUGAUGAGGAUGACUGUUACCGGUGUUUCCCGCCCGACCCGGGCAUUGGUACUGCCGCGUCAGGUACUAGUGAGGCUGCUGCUCUAGGUGCCAGUGCGUCUGUGCUCUCAGGUACUGGUGAGUCUGCCCUCUCAGGUACUGUGUCGGCUUCGGCCUCUCACACCUUCACCCUUGACUCUGGAGCGUCUCGCUCUUUCUUUCGGGACCGCACCACUCUCACGCCGCUGAGUCGGCCGGUUGCGGUGUCCCUGGCUGACCCCUCUGGGGGGCCUGUCCUGUCUCGCUUCUCCACUGUCCUCCCGUGUUCCGGCGGCCCCCUCUGGCACCCUUACUGGUCUCUACCUCCCCUCGUUCUCGACGAACUUGGUGUUUGCUGCAGCGUCCAGGGGCGCCAGCGUGCUGCCCCUCACUCCUCCCAGUUUCCUCCGACAGAGGCCCCGUUGCAGACGCUUCACAUGGACGUGUGGGGCCCAGCCCGCGUCCGUGGACAGGGUCAGGAGCGCUACUUCCUGCUCGUGGUUGACGACUACUCGCGUUACACCACAGUCUUCCCCUUGCGCAGCAAGGGUGAGGUCACUCAGACCUUCACGCUUCCGGACUCACCACAGCAGAAUGGGAUUGCUGAGCGCCGCAUUGGCAUGGUCAUGGACUGUCGCUCGGUCUCUCGACCGGAGACCUCCCCAGCUCUGCUGUGGACGGGGAAGGUUGGCGAUGCGUCGGCGUUCCGGGUCUGGGGAUCUCGGGCGUUUGUUCGCGACCUGUCUGCGGACAAGCUGUCCCCUCGUGCUGCUCCCUGCGUCUUCCUAGGGUUCCCCCCCGACGCCCCUGGGUGGCAGUUUUACCACCCCACCUCUCGACGUGUUCUGUCCCUCCCAGGACGUCACGUAGACGCGGUCGAGCCUGUCGAGGUCACUGGUGACUCUGGUGCUGCUGCGGGAGCUGAGCCUGGGGGUGCGGAGUCUGGAGGUGCUGAGCCUGGGGGUGCGGAGUCUGGGGGUGCUGAGUCUGGGGGUGCUGAGCCUGGGGGUGUGCUGAGCCUGGGGGUGCUGAGCCUGGAGGUGCUGAGGCCUGGGGGUGCUGUGCUUGGGGGUGCUGAGCCUGGAGGUGCCGAGCCUGGGGGUGCUGUGCCUGGGAGUGCUGUGCCUAGGGGUGCUGAGCCUAGGGGUGCUAAGCCUGGGGGUGCUUCGUCUCGCCGGGAGCCACUCUCCCCACAGGAGCUGCGUGAGUGGUUUGCCAGGCGCUGGAGGCGUGCUGCUGGUGCUGGUGGUUCUUUGGCUGCAGAGGGCACUGCUGCCGCGCGUCCCGGCGGUGCUCGUCCUGUGGGUGCUGGAGCUGCUGGGUCUGCGAGUUCUCCUGGAGCUGGUGCUGCUGAGGGUGUUGGCGCUGAACCUGCUGCUGGCGGUCCGACUGACAGUGCUCCUGGUGCUGCUGCUGGAGGUUCUGGAGCUUCUGGUGGAGCUGCUGGAGGUGCUACUGGAGUGGGUGCUCCUGCCGAGGGUGCUGGUGCUGUUCCUGCUGUUUCUGGCGUCGCCGCGCGGCCCCGACCGUACUUCGUUCCGCUCCUGCAGCAGGUUCUUGGUCUUACACUUUUCCUCCUCCUCCCUUAG